AAAAAGUAUUGAAUUAUGAGCCAAAAUAAUGUUGCCCGAAGUAGAUUAAGCAGUACCGCCGUACACAUAAUGGCCUUAGACGGAACCCUAAACGUGAACUCGCUGUUCAUGUUUGCCGCCUUUCUCGGCAUCGCCUUGAAUCCGGCGGAUCCAAACAGCAGCCUCGUCAGCUCCGCCGCAUGCGCAGCCAGCUCCGCCGUGGCCAAGCAUUUUGUCGAGUUUCACGUCUACUCGUUCACUUCCUUCUUGUUCUCCAGUCUCAUUGCUUCGUGUCUUAAACUCGCAAUCACCACCGAUGCCAAAACGGGACGAGUCCAUCGCAAUAACAAUAGUGGUGGUGGUGAAACGCAAAGUAGUACUGGUGGGAAUGUUAAUUUGCGGUUGCUGCAAGGCGGGAUUUUGGCUUCGGCCGGUGGUUCGAUCUCCGGGUGUGCGUUUUUAACGGCGGCGCUGGUGGACUUGGUGGAGAUAAAGCUGGGCACUUUGGGUUGUUGGGGGUGGUACACGGCGGCGGCUAUUAUUCCGAUGCUGAUUUUAGUGCCGUCUGCCCUUGUUAUAUACAUGGGCCUCCUGUUUUAUGCCUUUAAUAGGUAGUCUACUGAUUUAAUAUAUAAAUAAAUAAAUAAUGAAAUAAUCUUAUCUUGGUUUUGCUACUUUGAAAUUCAAGCCCGGCCCAAUAAGCAAGGCUUGCUUUAGUCUCUCGGCUUCAAAAAAGCCCAAUGUUACUCGUACAUUAUAGUAACGCCUCGUUAAAAGAAUGAUUUCUUCCGGUUCCGAUUCGAUCAAAACGUACUAAAUUAUUACUUCAACGAUUUAUUUUUCCACUAAAUUAAUAGACUUUUGUUAGUCCCGACUGUGCUAAUUUAUAGAGGUUUAACUGAAUCUUCAUUUU